AUGAAGGCUGAUUGGUCAAUGUGCCCGUAUUUGAUUCUCCUGAUCCUCCACCAGACCUCCAGAUCAGAGAUGUUCCAGCUUCUGGGUCCAGCUGGUCCUGUCAUUGCUGUAGUUGGUGAAGAUGUUGUUCUGCCCACUCACCUCAAACCCAACAUAAGUGCAGAGGAUAUGCACAUAGAGUGGUUCAGACCGCAGCACAGAGACCCAGUGGUGCAUCUCUACCUUCUGGGAGAGAGCAGGAAUGAGCGCCAGAACCCAUCAUACAGCGGAAGGACCGCACUCUUCCCUGAGGAACUGAGGAAGGGCAAUACGUCUCUGAGGCUGGGCAGGGUCCAGGUCUCUGAUGAGGGGCAGUACUCAUGUUACAUUCAGUCCAAGUCUGACAAUAAUUACCGCAUCAUGGUUUCACUGGAAGUAAGAGCUGUAGGAACUGAGCCAGUGAUCUUCAGGGAAGCAGAUGAAGAAGUGGAGGUUGGCCUGCUGUGUGAAUCUAAAGGCUGGUAUCCUCAGCCUGACCUCAUCUGGCAGGACAGUGAGGGUCACAAUCUCACCACUGAGAAACCCGAGAUACUCAGGGACAGCCUGGGCCUCAUUGCCAUAAGAACACGUGUCGUCAUAAAGAGAGAAGGCAGCAGCAGAUUCACCUGUCGAGUUCUGCAGCAGAAGCUCAAUGAGGAAAAGGUGACAGAGUUGUACCUCCAUGCUGUGAAGACUCGUGAGUCGUGA